CCUCCCACCACGAAAUUUCUCAAAAACUGAGGCUUGAAAUUUCUCAUCUCAUUCACUUCAAUUCAUCAUCGCCAUUUGGUACAUAAUUCACUUCUCAUCUUUGUAAUCUGUCUAUCUAUCUAUCUAUCUAAGAAAAUGAAGUUCAAGCAGCAAAGAUACGUGAGGUUUAAGGAUACAACAAGCGAUUAUGAUCAGCCAAUCCCGACACCCAAAAUGAAGCCGUCUUUCAUCCGAAGAGGAUUGGCCAAUGAUAAAACGCUGCUACUUCCAAAGACGAAGAAGAAGAAGAUCAUACUACACCCACAGGGCCCCUUUCUUCAGACCUGGAACAAAAUAUUUGUCGUGAUUACCAUCAUCGCUGUAUCUUUAGAUCCGCUCUUCUUCUACAUUCCUGUGUUUGAUAGGAAUGAAAAGUGUCUGGGCAUGGACAACAAGAUGAAGAUCAUUUCUUGUGUUCUCCGUACUCUAGUAGACCUCUUUUAUGCUCUCCAUAUAAUCUUUGAGUUCCGCACUGGAUUUAUUGCUCCUUUUUCAAGAGUGUUUGGGCGCGGUCUCUUAAUUGAGGACUCUUUUGCUAUAGCCAAAAGAUACUUGUGCUCCUACUUCAUCAUAGACAUAUUCUCAAUUCUUCCCCUUCCACAGGUCACCAUUCUCUUCAUCAUACCAAACAGUCAGGGACCAAUUUCUUUAGUUACAAAGGAUUUGCUCAAGUUUGUGAUAUUUUGCCAAUACAUCCCACGAUUUGUUCGGAUGAUUCCACUGUAUAGACAAGUGACAAGGACUUCUGGCAUAUUUACUGAAACCCCAUGGGCCGGAGCUGUCUUGAAUCUUUUUGUCUAUAUGCUAGGCAGUCAUGUGAUUGGAUCCUUCUGGUACUUGUUCUCUAUAGAUAGGGCUGAUGACUGCUUUCGUGCUGCAUGCAAUGAUCAUAUGAAUUGUGACGCCAGGUAUCUAUACUGUGGAGAAAAUCGUAAGGGGGACUACUCCUUUCUUAAUACAACUUGCGCACCUCUUAAACCAGAUCAAAUUAAGAAUUCCACGGAUUUUGACUUUGGCAUAUUCCUUGACGCUUUCGAGUCUCACGUGGUAGAAACCAAAGAUUUCCCCCAGAAAUUCUUGUACUGCUUCUGGUGGGGUUUGAGAAGUUUAAGCUCGCUUGGUCAAAACCUCAAGACAAGUACCUACGUAUGGGAGACUCUGUUUGCGCUCUCCAUCUCCAUUCUGGGACUGGUGUUAUUCUCGUUUCUCCUCGGAAACAUGCAGAAAUAUCUUCAAUCAAUGACAGUAAGAGUAGAAGAAAUGAGAGUUAAAAGGAGGGACGCAGAGCUAUGGAUGUCCCACAGGAUGCUCCCUGAAGAUCUCAAGGAGCGUGUGAGGCGUUAUGAACAGUACAGAUGGCAAGAAAACAGGGGAGUCGAUGAAGAAUCUCUCAUUUACAACCUGCCCAAGGACUUGAGAAGGGACAUAAAGCGUCAUCUUUGCUUGUCUUUACUUACGAGAGUGCCGAUGUUUGAAACAAUGGAUGAACGAUUGUUGGAUGCUAUGAGUGAGUGCCUGAAGCCAGUUCUUUACACAGAGAAUAGCUACAUAGUGCGAGAGGGAGAUCCGGUAGAUGAGAUGCUGUUUAUAAUGCGCGGAGACUUGCUAACUGUGACUACAAAUGGUGGAAGAAGUGGCUUCUUUAACUCUAGUAACCUCAAGGCAGGUGACUUUUGUGGAGAUGAGCUACUCACAUGGGCUUUGGAUCCAAACCUGUCUUCGACUCUCCCCCUCUCAACGACAACUGUUAGAGUGAUUACGGAUGUUGAAGCGUUUUCUCUUAAAGCUAAUGACCUCAAGAUUGUAGCCUCCCAGUUCAGGAGACUACACAGCAAGCGCUUCCAGCAUACGUUUCGGUACUACUCGCAACAUUGGAGGACAUGGGGAGCUUGUUUUAUACAGGCUGCUUGGCGUAGACAUUGUAGAAGGAAGCAAGAGAAAGCGUUGUGGGAGGCAGAAGUGCAGGAUGCAUUAGCAAACACUGCCGCCGGUACCUCCCCAAGUCUUGGUGCAGCCAUCUAUGCCUCCAGGUUUGCUGCCAAUAUAUUACACAACUUGAGGAGGACCAAUCAUUCACUUACUCCUAAAUUAUCGCCACUGCCACUCAAGCCAGUCGAUCCCGAUUUUAGCAGAUAGUCUUUUUGAGUCUGUACAUUCAGCAAGGUGCUUUUAUAUGUUCUUCCUAUUUAAUUCAUAUUAUUUUGGGUCUGUCUAUAUAGAAGGACAAUUAUACGAUAUU